AUAAUUUCCUGGGAGACACUGCAGAGAUCUCUCCAACAAGGGGGACUAUGUAUUUGCACAUAGAAAUACAGCCGCCAUCGGCAAAGCAUGUGCCCUCGGCUGCAGUUGUCUAUUCGUGCCUGUGUGGUUAUUUCCUAUGUUGGUCUUCCUCAUACCUGACCCUGUGACAAGCAAGACCGCCCUGUGCUUUCGCUACAGGCAGUGCUUGGCACACAGAAGUGUGCCAUAAAUAUUUGUCAGCUUGGGUGUUUGAUCCUGCCACUGGGCUCUUCCCAGCAGCUCUCCUCACAUCCUCUCCUCCCCCUCUCCAGCCUGCCUCCUCAGCUGGAAAUGAUUGAGGACCUCCUGCAAAGGAGAAAACAAAUCAUCAGAAGGCUGGAAUUGUGUAACACGAAAAUCUCUUCUGGACCGAGGCCCAUCUCUGGUUUGGCAACACAACCAAAGCAGCAUCUCUUUUCUCAUCUCCUGGGAAAAAAAAAAAAAAAAGAAAGGCAACAGAGAAAAAGUAGCCAGAGACCAGAGAAUAAAGUGAAGGCAGGGAACCGAGCAAGCAGACCUUGGUGGAAAGUGUACCUCUGGCAGAAACCCCAAGAUGCCUUCUGAGAAGGACGGUGCCAAGAAGAGCCUCAUGCAGAGGCUGGCCCUGAAGAGCCGGAUAGCGAAGGAGACACUCUCCGAGUUCCUGGGCACCUUUAUAAUGAUUGUCCUUGGAUGUAGCUCUAUUGCCCAAGCGGUCCUCAGUCGAGAACGUUUUGGCGGGAUCAUCACUAUCAAUAUUGGAUUUGCAUCGGCAGUCGUGAUGGCUCUCUAUGUGACAUUUGGUAUCUCUGGGGGCCACAUCAACCCAGCUGUGUCUUUUGCAAUGUGCGCCUUUGGAAGGAUGGAGUGGUUCAAGUUCCCAUUUUAUGUGGGAGCCCAGUUUUUGGGAGCCUUUGUUGGGGCUGCAACGGUCUUUGGCAUUUAUUAUGAUGGACUCAUGGCCUUUGCUGGCGGAAAACUGCUCGUCGUAGGAGAAAAUGCAACAGCAUUCAUUUUUGCAACAUAUCCAGCUCCAUUCAUAUCCACGCCAGGUGCCUUUGUAGACCAAGUAAGUGAAGAGCCAAUGAGGAUCUGAUUUUGGUGGAAGCACGUGAUAGAAGUGGGGAUGGGGGGUUGGGCAUGAACAGGAAUAGGGUGUGUACUGCUGGAGCGUUGUGUGCCUGUCAAAAGGGAAAGGUUGCAUUUUCCAGUCAGAGGUGUUUCUAUGACCUGAACUUUCUGGGCGGUGAUUUGCCCUUGAAGAUGCUGAUGCCACCAGAAGGGUUCUCAGUUUCCUUUUUAACACACAUAGUUGCUUCAUAUUAGUUGAGGUCCAGAAAAAGAGUGUCUGCCUGUGUCCCAUCCUGCAGGACGGUCAAUGCGGGUCCAGGGGCGAAUGAGGUUCACUUCACUUCUAGUGUCUCUUUAGUGCUCAUGGUCUAAGGGUGUUGACUACCAGAGAUGGCAUCUGUAUCUACACUGGAGGACUGUGAAAUAUGGCGGGGAGCCAGGGUGGAGUCAGGAAUCUGCCCUGUCUCUCUGUAAGCCCUAGUUUCACCUGACUCUCAAGGGGGCUAAGUGUCUUGACUAGAUCAGUAUCUGAAGUAGCGCCUGCUGGGUUUGGUGGCCGCACACUUGUAAUCCCAGCCUCUGGGAAGCAGAGGCAGCAACAUCACCACAGUUUUCAAGCCAGCCUGGUUAAUAUGGAAAGUUCCAGGUCAACCAGGGCUGCACGAAGAGCUACAGCUGUAUUGGUUGGUUUGUGAGAAGAACCACAUAUCCUCAUCAUUUUCUUUUCCACUCUGAUCACAAAGUAAAUCAGGACACAAACAUUUACUGAUCUUUCCCUGGGUAAUCAGCCCCAUGUCCGGAGCCUGAAGAAUUUGAUACUGAAUGAAAACGGCAAAGUUCCAAGAUCCAGAGUCCGAGUCCUUAAACUGAAACAACAUUCCUGUCGCAGACUCCCUGAGUGGUUUCAGCAAGUUACUGAAUUUUUUUUUUUUUUAAGUUUCUGAUUCUGGGGCUGGAGACAUGGCUUAAUGGAUAAGAGUGCUGGCCGCUCACAGAGCAUCUGCAUGAGGGCUCCUGACCAUCUGUAUAAUUCCAGUUCCAGGUGAUCUGAUGCCCUCUUCUGGACUCCACAGGUACUACAUGCAUGUAGGCACUUGUAUAAUAUAUAUAUAUAUAUCCAUUCCAUUCCAUUUGGAUAAAUAUCAUAUGGAUGAACAUCGGCUUUUGUCAGGCUCAUUGUAAGAGUUAAAAUAAUAACAUGAGAAAUAUAUGUUGUUAGCAGUGUCUGUGAAGAAAUGUAGAAUGUAGUUGAACAGUGUCCACAGAACAAAGAGACAGCCAGAUGUGGUGGAGCACGCCUGUAAUCCCAGCCCCCUCCUGAGGAGUUUUUUUUAAAGAGCAAUGUAAAUAAUUAAUAUUAACACAAGGCUAUGGCAUCCCAUUGGUAGCCUGCAGGGACCCUGUGUGUCCUAGGACUGGAGAAAGAGCUGUAGUGGGAAAGACAGCGAGAGAUAAAGCUGCUUAAAGAAGGAAUGUUGCCGCCAUGUGCAAUGGUGUAGGCAUGGUAGGCAAGGAAGUAAUUGAGUUUGAGAUUCCUCCAGUCCUUUCCGGGUGUCACACAUGCUUCUGUGAAGGGAAGCCAAAGCCAUCUCUAUUACACAUGCAGUAAGGGAAGUCAGAGACCCUGGGCCGAGAUAAGGUUUGGGGAUACGGUAGUGGGAGAAAGACAUGAGAGAAUCCUUCAAGGAGCUCACGAACCAAUCAAGUGGAAAAACAGAACCAGUGCGAUGAGCACAGCCAUUUUCCCUACAGAGAAACUUGACGGAAGUGUAGGCGCCUGUUACUCUUGAAGACGUACGUUUGACUGGGCUCUGACCUAGAAGCAGAAGCACCGAGUGAGGCCAGCUCCACUCUCUCGGCCAUCUGUUCCUGGAACUCUGUCCCCACUCUCUCAGUCAUAGCGUUGGCACAUUCUGUAGCCUCCUCCUGAGCUUUCUUGAUGGGUUGUUUCCUCAGAGCAGUGUGUUUGCAUUUGUGUUGCAGGGCGUACACUGCUAGCAACAGGAUGCUGAAUCUUAGGCGCUUUGAUCCCGGACUUCUUCCCUUCUUUAAGGGCUUUCUGAUGACAUAUUGGUGGACACUGCCUUCUUUAGAAAAAUUGAAAAGCUUUCAGGUUCUGCUAGCUCUUCUUUUGGGAUCUAACAGUCAAGGCACAGUAGUAUCUGUCAGCCCAGAAACAUUCUUAUCUCCUUUUUCACAAUAACCAACUGACAAACACUCCCUCCAGCACCUACGAUGCACCCUGAACAGACUUGUUUUGUCUCUCCAGUUUUCCUUGGUCUAUAACAAGAAUGCCCCUUACACAAUAGCAGGCAUACUUUGCUGCAGGUCAAACCACCUUGCCUCAUGGGAAAAGCUUAUUAUUCCUACCACUGAUUCAGAGCACACAUCCUGGGCCAUCCUACUGGUGCUGUUUAGAGAUUUCUGUGUCUCUGUAGUAAGUUUAGUGAUAGACACCCUGUAAUGUAGCCGCCUUUUCCAUUACCAAUGUUUGCUUAAAUGGCUUCCAGUUUCCAUCAUGAGAAACCAUAGAUACAUUUUAAAAAUAAUUUUCCAUAGUUUGGAUUAUUUCUGUGGAAUGAGUCGGACCUAUUGAAUUGUAUGCGUGAACUUGGAUACGUUACCACAGGCUUACCUUUCAGGGGCAUGGCAUGUGUUAAGCUUCACUAGAAAAACCCGGAAGAAUGUGUGUCCUCUAACUCUGCUACUGUUUGUGUGUGUUUCUUUGUUACAAAGCAGAUUUCCCUUCUCCUUUCAUCACUGUGAUUUUCCCAUUAAGAAACUUCUGUCCAUCCGCUUUGCUUGUUCGUCCGUCGCUUUCCCACUUGCUGUCUUUACAGCCAGUCUAAACCAGCCCCUUGUCUCUCAGUGUUGCUGACUAGCAGCUUGACAGACAGUGUGGUAGCUGAGGACCAGUCUCCUCUGCAGCUGAGACAACCGCACGACCUUUGGCAGGUACCAAAUCUGCAGUGGACGACUCUGUCAGUGUCUGCUUCUAGCUGUCUGUGGAAGGAAGAGCCACACGGCUGUCCACUCUGUUGGUUGUCUCUAGUUUCACUUUUUAUUUUUUUUUUAAGGUUUAUUUAUUUUAGGUGGAUGAAUCUGUGCACUACAUGCUUACAAUGCUUGUGGAGGUCAGAAGAGGGCGUCAGGUCCCUGGAAACUGAAGUUACAGAUGGCUGUGGGCUGCCGUAUAGGUGCUGAGAACUGAGCCCAUGCCCUCUGCAGGAGCAGCCACUGCUCUUAACUGUGGUGCUGGCUCUGGGUUUCAGACCCCUGUCAUUUUCAUCUCAUAAUAGAACAGGUGACUUUGAGUGAGCAGAAGACAGACUGAACCAUGGAACAUUUUCCCCCCACUCCAGGUGGUGUCUACCAUGUUCCUCCUUCUGAUCGUCUUUGCCAUGUUUGACUCCAGAAACCUGGGUGUCCCCAGAGGCCUGGAGCCUGUUGUCAUUGGCCUCCUGAUCAUUGUCCUUUCCUGUUCUCUCGGACUCAACUCUGGCUGUGCCAUGAACCCAGCUCGAGACCUCAGUCCCAGGCUCUUCACUGCACUGGCAGGAUGGGGGUUUGAGGUCUUCACGUAAGUACCAAUGGCAGAGCAGAGAGAAAAGGAUGGACGAGUGUUUCAGGAAAGAGGACUGAGCUAUGACUUGGAGACGUAGGAGCAUGUGGACCAGAGAGCAGAGGCUAUGGACACUCUGGUUAAACGUGAACCAUUUUUGUUAUACAACUUGGCUACAGAUUGACUUUGUGACCGAGUCAAGUCUAGAAUCAAUAUCUGAUGUUGCCCAGGGACUCCUGAGAGUUCUCUCAGCAGAGUUUUAUUGGGCACUAACUAUGCAGAAGUCACUGUGAUAGAGAAGGACAUUUCCAAAUCAGCAGGCACACUAGGAUUUGGGAAACAUGUUUGGUGUGUUUACAAGGGCAACUGGUCAAAAUUAACUGGGCAUACCAUAUAAGAUGAGUUGAAGACAGAGAUUAGAAGGAUAAAAUCCAUGCCCCAAGGCAUGGCUGCGUGUGCCUGUAAUUCCAGCAGUGGGAUAUCCAGAGAGCUUGCUGGCCUCUGGACAGCCAGCCUAGCUGAAAGGGAAGCUUCUACUUCAGUGAGAGUCCCUUCUUAAGAAAAAUAAAGCAGAGAAUAUAGGGAGAGAAUCUAUACAUGGGUACCUAAUAUGGGCUCCAGACAUACCCUCACACUUGAGUAUACACACCCACAGACACAAAGACACAAAGACACAAAGACACACACACACACACACACACACACACUUGUGUACAUGUGUACAUUCCUGGCAGUCUAGGAACAUAGUGUAAAUAAUGGGUACCGUGUGUGUGUGUGUGUGUGUGUGUGUGUGUGUGUGUGUGUGUGUGUGUGUCUGUGUCUGUGUCUGUGUGUGUGUGUGUGUGUGUGUGUGUGUGUGUGUGUGUGUGUGUGUGUGCAGAGACAGGACCAACAUCUGAGCACCUCCACUUAGGACUUGUGCUUCUGACAUGAUGUGUCCAGCUCGAGAUAAAGCAGACAGGAUCCCACCGAUGACAGGAAGGGUUGUAUCUUUGCAAAUAUCUUAGACUUACUGAGCCUUACUAAAAAAGGCUGCUACAGGGAUAGCAUUCUUACCUCCAGACCUUCUGGAAAGGUCUCUUAAACCCUGAGGAGAAAGCAGCCACCUUUUACCUACUUCUCACAGCAGGACACAUCUGAAUUUGUGAUUUGGGGAUGGAGUGGGGGUGGGGUGGACCCUGAGACAGUGGUGGGUCCAGCUACAUCUUGCACAAAAUAAAGAGUGGCAUCUGGUGGCUGCUGUGCUCUCCCAUCCAAUCUACAUUGGUAACCAAAGACAGGACAGUGUCCCCCACUAGUGACAGGCUCCUAGUGAUGAAAGGCACUGGAGCUCAGACACCUUCUAGACUGCCCGGGAUUGAGACCAGCUCUUCUGGAGACCAGGACCGAGCUCUUGCUUUCUGUUUAUAUCCUCUAUUGUCCCCUCUGGUCAAAGUCUGCUGCUGUAAACAAACCAGGUAUGAAGGCUGUAAUCCAUCCAAGUUUGAGGGAAGCUUGAGCUACAUAAGUUCCAGGACACCCUGGACUGCAGAGUUUGACCCUAUGUGAAACAGACAAAAUCUGCUCUAAACAAAACAGCCACAAGGGACAGUCUGGUUAUCAAGCUCAAUCAUGGCCUCACUAGGACUCCAGAAUCUAGUGAGAAUGCUGUGAAAUCCUCAACGGCACCCGUCUGCACCUCCUGCCCUCCUGCUUUCCCUGGACUAUUACAAAUGUUUGUCACUCUCCUGAUUUUUAGAAAUAGUUUUCCCUGACAUAUACGUCUUUAAAUAAUAUACUUUGUAUGCUUUGUUUUUCCCGAGUGAUCGUAGAAGCCGCUCCUGUGGAAUUGCUUAAAUAGAUUUUCCUUCUUUUUUGAAACAAAUCUUACAAGGCCACCACUAUCUCCUGGAGCCACAUCUUUGCUAGCAUGUGCACACCCUCAUGGUGGUGGUGGUGGAGGUGGAGGUGGAGGUGGAGGUGGUGGUGGAGGUGGAGGAGGUGGUGGUGAUGGUGGUGGUGGAGGUGGUGGAGGUGGUGGUGGUGGUAGUGGGGUUCUGCAGGAAAAGGGUGAACACAACACACUAUUUUACAGAGUGAAACCUUACAGAGUGCACCUGUGGGCUAUGCCAUGAAAGAUAUGCAUGGUUUUAGCCAUAGUUCAUAGGUAAUUUAGGAGAUAAUUCACAUACUGCUUUAGACUUCCUUCAUUCACUAUUUGGUUGAACUCACUAUUUGGUCAGCAUUAACUCAAGAGUUCUGGGAAUUUUCUCACAUUCUGAGUUCCUCCCUUUUGUUUCAUUCAUAACCCCCAAGCUUCAUAUCUCACAAUAUAGGAAAGACAGUUACAGAAUAGCCUCUCUAGAGGCCCUCAAAUUUUGGCCACGGAUUCAUGAAAUCAUAUAUAUUUUUAAUGCAUUACAUUUUACUGGAGGGGGUGUAUAGGAUGGGUGGCGGGUGUACACACACCACUAUGUACCUAUGUGGGUCCACACACCACUAUGCACCUAUGUGGGUCCACAUACCACUAUGCAUGUAUGUGGCAGUCCAAAGACAGCUUGCAAGAGUUGGUCCUCUCCUUCCAACAACAUAUGAGUUCUGGGGAUAGAAGGCAGGUCAUCAGGCUUGGCAGGAAGCACUUUACCCACUGAACUAUCUCAUUUGCCCAAGUACCAUGUUUUCUAAAAGGAAAAUAAAUAGGGUACAAUCAUUCCCUGGUGUCAUUAGGACACAGGAAUGGUCCCUGUUAUCAGGUAUACUGUGUAGUCCAGGAUGGUAUUGGCCAUGCUGCAGUGGAUGGGCUUAUAGUCAAUUAUCAAGUCAGGAGAGGUAUGGACACAAGAGUGAAAAACAGGAUGGAGAUACAAAGGUGACUAAGACAUGUCUCACUGGUUUCUUGUUUGCUUUCAGAGUUGGAAAUAACUUCUGGUGGAUACCUGUCGUGGGUCCUAUGAUUGGUGCUUUCCUGGGAGGUCUUAUCUACAUUCUUUUUAUCCAAAUGCAUCACUCGAAGCUCGACCCAGACAUGAAGGCAGAGCCAUCUGAGAACAACCUAGAGAAACACGAGCUCAGUGUCAUCAUGUAGUGGGAUGGCCAGAUCUGCAGUUACCGUUCAUCCAGUUCUUUCUUCAGAGAAGAUGUCACCUGUGUGCCUAUGCAGACUUGGGGCGGGGGAAUCUACCUGUCUGCUAGUUUUCUCUAGCCAACUGGGACAAAAAAAUUACAAAGGCAUCCGUGGAAAACUCCACCAGUCACCCCUCCCCAGAAUAGCACUGACUGUUUAUGAUGGGUAUUUGAUGGAAGUCCUUACUCCUAGGUGAUUGCUAAGAAUUUUGAAACUUGACCAUGUGCUUGGCUGGAUAGCCUCAGAGACCUUUUUUUACCCUGUAUGAAAUUGUGUCAUCAAAGGCUCUGUCUUCACAAUCUAUAAAUACAACAUUCUAAAACUGAAA